AUGCUCCGGCACCUCCGCACGCGGCGGCGUCCCCGCUACGGCGCGCACCUCUGCGCGCUGAUCGCCGCCGUGCUCCUCCUCUUCUCGGCCCUCACCACCUCCAGCUCCAACGACGACCGCAUUGACGAGCUGGACGACGCCGUCGCAGACGACGGCGGAAACGGCAGCAGCGAGGAGAUCCUCGCCGAGGAAGAUGAGGAGGACGCCUCCGCCAACCAGAACGGCGCCGUUUCCUCGAAUUACUUCUUCGACCCCGUGAGCGACGUCAUCAGGAGAGCCUUCAACCGGCGCUCGAUCGAGGAGUGGGAGGACUACGUCCCGUUCAAUUUGAAGCUCACUUCCGAUUUAGGGUUCAGCCAAGAUGAGUCCAAGCCCGUGUUCGGGUCCGACGAUGUUCUGGUAAACGAUAAAUUGCGGAAAAAAUUGAGUGAGGUGAAGAACGUCGAGGAUGCGUUGCUGUUGAAGGGGUCUGUACUGAGGGAAGGGUGGGGAGAAUGGUUCGACAAGAAGGGUGAUUUUUUGAGGAGGGAUCGUAUGUUCAAGUCCAAUAUCGAGGUUCUGAACCCGUUGCAUAAUCCAAUUUUGCAGGAUCCGGAUGGAGCUGGAGUUACUGGAUUGACUAGAGGCGAUAGGGUUUACUUGAAGGGUCUUUUGAAUGAGUUUAAGAAGACCCCUUUUCUGACAAAGAAGCCAUUGUCUAUUUCCGAAUCAGAAACUGGCAAGGAGGUCAGUGAUGAGAAAGUUGGGAGGACGGCGGAGAGGAGGACUUUGAACGACGAUCACAUCCGUAAAAUUAGGAGUAAGGAGGGUCUAGCGAAAGAUUAUUAUGCAGACGGGAAGAGAUGGGGUUACUAUCCAGGUUUAGAUGGAAGAUUGUCUUUCGGGAAUUUUAUGGAUGCAUUUUUUAGGAGAGGGAGAUGUACGAUGAGGGUGUUUAUGGUGUGGAACUCACCACCAUGGAUGUUUGGUGUUCGGCAGCAGAGGGGACUUGAGAGCCUUCUGUAUCAUCACAUGGAUGCAUGCGUGGUGGUGUUCUCUGAGACGGUAGAGCUCAAUUUCUUCAAUGGGUUCGUAAAGGAAGGUUAUAAGGUGGCUGUUGUGAUGGCAGAUCUUGAUGAGCUGCUGAAAGAUACACCAACUCAUAUUUUUGCUUCAGUCUGGCUUGAGUGGAAGAAGACAAAAUAUUACCCAACUCACUACAGUGAACUAAUCAGGCUUGCCGCCCUUUAUAAAUAUGGUGGAAUCUACCUUGAUUCGGACAUGUUAGUGUUGAAGUCACUAUCCGAUCUUAAUAAUACAAUUGGAUUCGAGUCCGAGCCUGCUGGAAGCUCUUUGAAUGGUGCUGUGAUGGCGUUUAGAAAGCACAGCCCAUUCAUCAUGUCGUGCUUGGAGGAGUUUUAUGCUUCAUAUGAUGACACCGAGUUGCGGUGGAAUGGUGCUGAUCUUUUAACUAGAGUGGCCAACAAAUUUUUGAGUAACAAAGAUAUUCCUAACAUGGGAAAUGAGCUCAUAUUGCAACCUGCUUCCGUUUUUUCCCCUAUUGAUCGCAGUUCUAUUUCAAGAUACUUCACUGCCCCGGAAACAGAGACUGAGAAACUCGAACAAGAUCGUCUCUUUCACAAAAUAUUGAACCAGUCGGCCACCAUUCAUUUCUGGGACAGCUUAACCUCUGCUCUAAUUCCCGAAACUGACAGCCUUAUUUUCAAGUUGCUGAACCGUUACUGCAUUCGUUGCUCGGAUGUGUUGUGAUAUCUAUCAGAGUAAAAUUUGUUAAACCAUUGCUCUCAAGUUCUGGACUAAUAUUUUAGCCACUUUGACAUGAGUUGAUUCACAAGGUUGUAAAGAGCACAAAUGGGAGACUUUUAUACGAUACAGAGACCAAAGAGCUGUGAUGUAGCUGUAUAUGAUAGUGUGGUCAGUGUAUCCCAUUUUGCCAUUUGUUGUGAACAUGCAGGAAAUUAAGAUCAAGCCAAUAUAUUAUAAAGUCUUUUAUCAUGUGUUGGGGCUUUUCUUUCUUGUUCGCGAAUUCCUGUUUAGUCGACCAAUUAUUCCAUUCUUGAGGAUUGUUGAACUAGAAAAAUUUCUGGAAAGGCUGAAAAUUACACUUGUUAUGUUCGUGUAUGAGAACCCUUUAUUCAAUUCCCUUAUUAUGCACACAUGGCAUACAUAUGAGAUCAGGUACAACCAAAGCUUAUUCAGAAACUAAGUUCUAACAUCACUAUUGAGGUAGUUUUGCUCUUAUCAGGUACUUAGCACGCACUUUCCCAGCCGAGGGUUCCACAAAUACUGCAUCAGAAACCUCCGCCCGUUCACUCCAUUCACAUUAUAACCACGUCCCUUUCGAUCUGCCGCAACUGUCCCCGGGUAACCUCCACCCGCACCCUCACCAUACACACCCAAACACACAUCAGCUAUCUCGUUCGGCAUCGUAUCUUUCCCUCCAAACCACCCGUUGUUCAGCGGGUUAGUCGCCGCCUCUGCCAGCUCGUGCCCGAUCACAAUCACCAUCCCGUCCACGUCAGCAUUGUCGUUCGGCGGCUUCAGCGACUUAAACGAGGGCUUUAGAUACUCGGGCAGCACGAAAGGGUACGCGCACUGGUCGGGGCAGCGGGCCCCGCUAUUCCCGACCCACGCGUACGGCACCACGCCCCCCACCACGUGUGCGAACGUGAAGUGGUGGAAACCGCAAGCCCCGUGGCAGAAGUCCUGGACCGCCACGUCAGCGGAAGUCAGGAUCAGGUACAUCCCGCUGGCGAAGUCCAGCUCAUCAGCAAAGGCCUUCUUCACGAUGUCUUGCAUGGAUAGUCGCGUGAGGUUGUGGCCGUGGGAGUAGUUUGGGUCGGGAGAUUCGGACGAGAGGUUUACGGUGCUCGUGACGUUGGAGUUCGUCUGGUCUGUGUAGAGGGUUACGGUUCGCCACCAGUCGGAGACAGAAGGGCUUUUGAGAGCUCGGGUGGAGAGUGAGCUGACGAAGUCUCGGAUGAUGUUUUGUUGUGUGGGGGUCCACUUGCCGUACCAUAUUAUGUGGAGGUUUAAUGGGUUUGAUGCUAAAACGGGUCCCAUGUGGUAAGAUGGUUCGGUUUCCUGGCUGGAUGAGAAUGUAGAGGGUUGAGAAAAUGAGGCAUAAUACAAUAUGAGGAUCAUCAGCAUNUG